GAUUUCUCUAAUUGCCCGAGCCUGCGUAGAAGGCUUACAUAUGUAGUAACUCUAAGUAUUAGAUCAUCAAAAAAAGAAACCCCCUAAGUUUAUCGUCAACGAACAUAUAGUGUGAGAAGCCAUCACAUUUGUUGUUGUGUGGUGAUGUGAACUGAAACCGUUGCUGUAGGUGUGGUACCUACCUACAUAAUGUACUACCUAUGUAGGUACAAAUUAGAAGCCCUGUAUCACAUGUGUACACUCCACUCCCUACUACUAGGUACAGUACUGAAUACCUACUUAGGUACAUACCGUUGAUCGGCCACAUGACUUCAAGCCACUAGGUACAUACCUAGGUAGGUUGGGAACUUGGAUAGAGGCGACGCCCACCUUCAUCCAAGGCAUUUCAAUCAUCUACUUAGUAGAGAGGUUGGAGUUUCCUUUACUCACCGCUUCCAAUCCCUUUUACUAUCCCCAUCGGCAUUUCUGCAAACAUUCAAGGUCACAGAGCACCUGUGCGUGCUUGACACGACCUAAUGAAGCCCCGGUGGUACUUGUAAGCCGCGAUCCUCAGCUAAAAAACAUUGGGCUCCGCGGCACCGGGCCUUUUCGUUGCCGUGUUGCCGCAAACAACACGUGGCAUUGAUUCAGUGCACAUCUUCUGAAAUGCCUCUUCGGAUCGCGAGCCUUGGCUCGUCCUUCGCAGCUGGGCCGGCUAUUCAGCCUGAAGAAGAUCAUAGUGCUGGCCGCUCGGCCCUCAAUUAUGCGCACAUUGUCGCCUCGCGCGUCGGCGGCAGGCUGACGGACCUCAGCGUUUGCGGCGCUACUUUAUUACACCUCCUUGACACCCCACAGUAUGCGGGAGGGCGGCGUUUCGCUCCACAGAUUGAGGACCUCCCGCCCGACUGCGAUGUUGUCCUAGUUCUCGGCGGUGGUAACGACAUCGGCUAUAUAGGGGGCAUAUUCCAGGAUACCCUGAGCCGGAGCUUUCUGGGUAGUUUGCUAUUGUACCUUCGCGGCGCCGAUGCCGCCGCUUUGCUUCAACUAGAUGUGGAUGGUCUCGCAGAGCGGUACGCGACUGUGCUCGACGCCAUCCACAACAAAGCACCCGAAGCCUACGUCCUGGUCGUUGAGUACCAGGCCGUAUUAGGCCCGGACACCCGGGCCGGCGAAGACGUCGUUUUUGAUGCCGAUCGCAUCGCCCAUCAUAGGGAGGUGGCCGGGCGACUGCUAGAAGCGACACACAAGGCCGUGCUUGGCCGUGAGGAGUGGUGCAGCACCGUGAACGUGGCCGACCGGAGCGAGGCACACGCCAUUGGGGCAGAGGACCCAUGGAUCAAUGGCUUCACCUGGAAGCUAUUUCGCGAAGGGGAUGCAUAUCAUCCAAAGCGUGAGGGUAUGUACGCUAUAGCCGACCUCGUUUAUGAUAAGAUGCUGCAGUUAGGCCUCGUGGAUCAGGAUCAAGCAAGUCGGGGUGAAGACACCGAAGAUGGUUUCGUCCUCCUCUGAAUAGCUUGUUCUUUGCUUUGGGACGUGUCUGCAAAAGGGAGGGGGGCGUGUACUCAAGAUGAAGUGCCGGCGAGGCAGACAGUCAACCUUGAAGGAAGAUCUGCAUUAUGUUCUCAUCACAUUACUUAUUGCCAAGUAUUAAG